AUGUCGUCGUCAUUGCCAUUGGAUUCUAAAUCCUCACCACCCCAAGUCGGCGUGAACCUGAGGGCUUUGGAAACCAAUCCGCGAGGGAUACCAAAAGCACCAUUUAUCAGUAGCGUGGAGGACCACAUAGGUGGUCCUGAUGCGGAAGUAGAGAGCACGCUCAAGCAAUUUCAAGAGGCCAUUGCGAAGUACAGGUAUAUGGAAUUGAACCUACAACAACGGAAGACAGGGCUCUUGGAGAAGAUCCCGGAUAUUAGCAAGACCCUGAGCAUGGUCAAGUUCCUACGGGAUCGAAGGGUGAGUUCGAAAGCGGGGGCUAACCUUGAGGAUGGGCUUGACGACGGUGAUGAUGACGACACCUCGAAACCUUUAAGAACGACUUUCGAAUUGAAUGACACUCUCUACGCAGAGGCGGAGCUUGAGAACACAGACCAGAUUUAUUUGUGGUUGGGGGCAAAUGUCAUGCUCUCAUAUACCCAAAACGAUGCUAUAGAGCUGUUAACCUCGAAGCUUCAAGCGGCCCAACAAAACCUCAAGAACACUACAGAGGAUCUGGAAUUCCUGAGGGAACAGGUGACUAUCAUGGAAGUAAACACUGCACGGGUGUACAACUGGGAUGUUAAGCGUCGACGGGAACGACGGGAGGCCGCGCGGUCAACAGGAAAGGUGGAUGCGGAAGACUAA